AUGAAGCCUACUCGGGCGGUGAGUGGGGUGGACGGCCGCUGCCCCGCUAUCCUGCCCGAUGGUGUCAUGCUGGACUCCCAUGGAUGUGCAACCAGGGCCCCCUGGGCCGGUGGGGGUGAUCCCGGUCCGCACCCUGCAACUCUUACCGCACCAGAGACCCCGCUACUCAUACCACAAGGCCCCACUAAAAUGGCGGCAAACACAAACUCACCAACGCAUAAGGGGAAUAACGCCAUCUUUUCUCCCUUGCUGGCUGAGACCCUUACAUGCGCAAGGAGGACGCGACAUGCCUGCAUGAGGCAGCCUGACAGGCGGGAUCCCUACGACACACUACUCCAACGCUUGCCGGUUCAAAGUGGCUACGAUGCCCGAGCUCACAGGAGGAGAGACACACAGAGAGACAGCCGAUCGACAGGCACGGCAUGUAACCUGCCCACCCUGAACACCACAAGAGACUCAUACACCGGCUCAUCCAAGCGCCUGGAUCACAGCACAUGA